AUGUCUUCUCACAAGACUUUCAGGAUCAAGAGGUUUCUGGCCACAAAACAAAAGCAGAAUCAGCCCAUUCCCAAAUGGAUUUGGAUGAAAACUGGUAAUACAAUCAGGUACUACCCAAAGAGGAGACAUUGGAGAAGAACCAAGCUGGGUCUAUAA